AAGAUAAAUUGUUAUUCAUCCGAUAUUUGGUGAUCUUAUAUUGUGACAUUUGUUUCACACGAAUAGAGUAUCUAUGUAUGUACUUAUAUACAUAUUUAUGUAUAUAUGCAAAAUGUUUUGUAAACGUAAUUGUCCUUAUUGUCAAUUUUCAAAUAUGUGCGUCAUCAGCUGAUUGCGCACUUCACAAUGAUAACGAUUGGAGGAAUAAAUCUUUGGCGCAAUAUUUAGGUUUAUUCACCAUAUACACUUCUGUAAUCGGUGCAACAACUAUUCUUAGUUCUGAGGUUAAUUAUAAAAUUGUGAAUUUAAGUGCAUAGUUUCAAUGAAAUUAAAAGUUUAGUCAAAAGUGCAUUUGAUGUGCAUACAAUGCGUUUAUACUUCAUUAUUUAUACGAUCAUUCUUUCGUAUUGUAUUUUAUGUGUAACUUCAAAGCAUUUUAGAAACAAACAGAUAUCUCCUGUCAUAUUUGUUCCAGGAGAUGGAGGUAGUCAGGUCGAAGCAAAACUUAAUAAAACAAAGGCUGUACAUUAUUUGUGCGAAAAAGUUUCCAAUGAAUAUUUUAACAUCUGGUUGAACUUAGAAUUACUUGUUCCAGUAGUUAUAGAUUGUUGGAUUGAUAAUAUGAAAUUGAUUUAUAACAAUGUUACAAGAACAACAAGAAACCAAGAUGGUGUUGAUAUUCGUAUACCAGGUUGGGGCGAUCCAUUUGUCGUUGAAUAUUUAGAUCCAAGUAAAGCUUCUCCUGGUGCUUACUUUAAAGAUAUUGGUAAUAUGUUAGUUAAUGACCUCAAUUAUGUUAGGAACUAUUCAAUACGAGGAGCACCAUAUGAUUUUAGAAAAGGACCUAAUGAAAAUGAAGAAUUUUUUAUUAAAUUGAAAGAACUAGUUGAAGAGACAUAUAAUAUGAAUAAACAAACUCCAGUAACAUUACUAGCACAUAGUAUGGGUGGACCAAUGACACUUAUUUUUCUGCAGCGCCAAAGUCAAGGGUGGAAAGACAAGUACAUAAAUUGUUUAAUUACACUUUCAGCUGUUUGGGGUGGCAGUGUUAAAGCACUUAAAGUAUUUGCUAUUGGAGAUGAUUUGGGUGCAUAUCUUUUGCGUCAAACUGUUCUUAAAGACGAACAAAUAUCUAGUCCCAGUUUAGGGUGGUUAUUGCCAUCAAAAUUAUUUUGGAAGGAAACUGAAAUAUUAGUACAAACAGAGCAAAAGAAUUAUACUUUAUCUACGUUGCGAGAUUAUUUAAUAGAUAUAAAUGUACCAAAUGGCUGGGAAUUUAGGAAGGAUAAUGAAAAAUAUCAGUUAGAUUUUAGGGCUCCAGGAGUUGAAGUUCAUUGUUUAUAUGGAACUAAAUUAAAUACAGUACAAAAGCUAUACUACAAACCUGGUACAUCAAUAGAAGGUACUCCACAAUUAAUACCUGGCGAUGGUGAUGGUACCGUAAAUUUAAGAAGUUUAGAAGGUUGCAAACAUUGGCAGGGGCAGCAGAAACAAAAAAUUUAUUCUCAACCUUUUCCUGGUGUAGAUCAUAUGAAUAUUCUUAGAAAUAUUAAUGUUUUAAAUUACAUCAAAACAAUUUUAGAAGUAUAAUAUCAUUAUUUAGACGAGUAUGAAUUGUUUUGUUUUUAACACAAUUAUUUAAUCGAAAUUUGAGAAGGACAAAUAUAAUUUUAUAAUCAGUAUAUUUCAUUUUAAUAAGUUGUAGCUAAAAAUAAUAUUCUACUAAUUGUGUGUACAUAUAUACAGUCUUUUAUAUGAAGUCGCAAGAAAGAGGAAGCAUUGAAGAGACGGACGUUCCAAAGGGGAUGUUCAUGAUACGACGAUGUGAAGUACGAAAAAUAAACAACAGAAUACGAAAGGCAUAAAGCAUAAUAAAAUAGGACUAUGUGCUUUCAAAAAACUGAAAAGUGAAAAGUAGUUUCACUUCUAACAUCUAUUUACGCUGGUCGUCAAACUCGGGUGCAUCAAACACCGCUCUCACUGAAUUUAUUAUUUACUACCCAUGUCUGACCUAAGCUUAUGCAAUAAUUUAUCAUACUUUAAUUUUUUUUUCGUAUUUCAAAAUAUGCAUACUGCGGAAAUAUCGUUUUUCAUAAAUGUAUACAUUUUUCACUCUUCCAUAAAUUUUUGUUUGCAUUCCAAACACUGUAAACAUAUGUGCACAGAAGCUUGAUGUUGGUCUUUAAAGAACACAGCAUAAAGGCAGCACAGGAAUGCUCAAAAUACUCCUUGUUAUACAUUCAAAAACAGAUUCAUUCAGUCAUUAUUCAAUAAAAUUUUCAACAAUA